UCUGUCUUUCUUUUUGAGAAAAAGAUUGCAGACAAACUUCACAAACCCCGGCGGCGUGAGACAGUGUCUGAAAUUCUGCGGAAAGAAGUUAAUCAACUGGAACAUGUCCGCCAUCCCAAUAUACUGUCAGUAAUGCAUGGAGUUGAGGAGUGCCAUGACAGUUUGGCAUUUGCUACGGAACCAGUCAUAGGAAGUUUAGCAAAUGUUCUCGGAAACUAUGAACGAAUCACGGCACCUGUAUCUCAAGAGUUAAAGGAUCAUGACUUCAUUGAGGCAGAAAUAAAGUAUGGCUUAAUGCAGAUUACAGAGGCCUUGUCCUUUUUACACUACUCUGAACACAAACUGCAUCGUAAUAUCUGCCCUCAAUCCAUACUGGUGACGAGACGGGGUUGUUGGAGACUUGGUGGAAUGGGAUUCCUUGAAGAGAAUAAAGAGAAUAAGGAUUCAUUUCCAUGUCAGCCGUGGACAGUUAAAAUACCAAAGAUGGCACAGCCAGAUCUAAAUUAUGUUGCUCCAGAGAUCCAGCUUGACAAGACAUGUAAUUAUCUCAGUGAUAUGUUUUCUUUGGGAAUGGUUAUCUGUGCUGUUUACAGUGAUGGGAAUUCACUUAUUGGAGCAGAACACACACCAAGCCAGUAUGUGAGACAGCUUGAUCAGAUGCAUGAUUUAUUUGGAAUAAUUGCUCAUAAAAUGCCGCUUCAACUUGUUGAUCCAGUUGAGAAGAUGAUAAACAGGGAUGUAAGAUACAGGCCUACUGCACACGUCUUUUCUACACUUCGGUAUUUCCAGGAUCCUGUUGUGGCCAGUCUCCAACACCUUGAUACAUAUGACAGAAAGGACUUAGCUGACAAAGCUGAAGCCUAUGCAAAUUUAUCUCAAGUGAUCCCAAACAUACCUAGGAAACUUUUGUAUAAGAAUGUCUUCCCUGUUCUUUGUGCUGAUUGCAAGACCUCUGAGAACAUUGUGUAUGCCUUACCUGCCCUGCUCACUAUGAUAGAUUUUGCCCCUAGAGAUGAUUAUAUGGACAUCAUCCUACCUCAGUUCAGGUCCAUUCUCAGCUCAACUAAGCCUGUUCUGGCAACAGUGUACAUUUUGAACAAACUGGAUAUAAUACUUGCAAAGACGCCUUUGGAUGAAAUCAGAUCAGAGGUCCUUCCUAUGGUUUUCAAUACCCUGGAUUCAACAUCCUUGCAGGCUCAGGAAGCUGCUGUUGCUGCUAUAAAUGGUAUUAAGGAAUAUUUGGAUGACAGUAUCAUCAAGAAGAUGGUUUUACCACGGGCAAAGUCACUCUUCUACAGAUCAACGAAUGUAAAGCUCAGAAUAAAUGCACUAACGUGUAUUGACCACAUGUUGGACAGUCUGGAUAAAAUGCUCAUCCUAGAUGAAAUUUUGCCUUUCCUCGCUGAUGUUUCAUGUCAAGAUGCUGAAGUUGUCAUGACAAUAGUAGGGAUUUACAAACACAUGCUCAGUGAUAAGAAAUUUGGACUCACACACAACCUAAUAGCAACUAAAGUGAUGCCUUCUUUGAUACCACACACUGUCAAUCCCGGACUAUGCAUGGAGCAGUUCAGUGAUCUUAUGGAGGUACUUCGGGAGAUGCUUGAACAGAUUGAUCGUCAGAGGAGAAAUAAGAUGAAAAUGGAAACAGUUACUCUCACUGUACCAAUAAGAGGUUCUUUGAAAAUGCAAGGGGAGGAUGGAUCAGGAGAUGAAGGCAUAACUUUGCAAGUUGUGAUUAAUGAAAAAUCAACUUCUGGAAAACAUGCAGGUGGAAAUGUGUCUGAAAUUCUGACAUCCAACAGAGACGUUAGUGUCACUAACAAGAGAAACCACAGUAUUCAGUCACUGGGAAUGAGCUUGGAUGAAAAGACGUCAUGCACUUUAGACAAGCCUCUUGACAUCCAGCGCCGGCAUAGUUUGGUUCCUCCUGGGACAGGGCACCCGUCAAUAAGUAUCACUUCAGAUGACAAUAGUCCUGAUCGACCUCGCAGACCAAGUACACAUAGUCUUGGACCAUUCUCCGAACUGGAAAGACGUGGAAGCAGAGGCAGCAUAUUUGGGACACUUGGACUUGGCUCAGAUGCACCAUUCAUCAGUCAACGAGAAAGAAGACCAAGCUUUCAAGCAUUUGGUGAAAGUGUGAUGCAUCUCUUUUCCGGAAAGUGAAUAUGUUUGAUGGAGGGACAAAACCAGUGAAUCAGCCUUAAAGCCAAGUUUAUGAGCUUCAAAAGAAUCUUUGCAGGUCAACUUAGCAAAGAACAAUCAAGCUAUUGUCAGAUCAUGUCAAAUGAAAUCUAUAUUAAUGUUCUUCCACUCAUCCCUGAUGCUGUUGAGGCAAUGACACAAAAGUAUUGACUUUGUGGAAUAUUUAUGUCAGUCAGUACAAAUAUAGAUAAAUGAAGAAUAUGAGGAGGUCUUUUUAAACAAAGGUGAAAUAUUUUUAUCCUACUCAUUAUUCUUUACAAAACUUUUAUGAAAGAAACUGUCUGUGAGAUAGGUUGUUUCCAAUACAGCAGGUAACAAAGGUUAAAUGAUAUGUUGAUUCCUUGUAAUAAUCCCUCAUGAUAAGAAAGAUAUUGAUGUUUACAUAACCUGCAGGAAAUGAAAAGUUCUAUUUGAUCACAUCUGGACAAGGAUUCAAUUAAAUUGAGUCUAAACAUUUGGUAUGGAGUGUAUCAUGCAAAAAUAAAUAAGUAUCAGGUAUAUACAAGUCAUGUCUCUUUUUAAUUGUAUAUACAAAGUUCAACUCAUUCAGUUUAUGGAUACUGUUUGUGAACUGGUUUAGUCUAAGAAACAUUUUACUUUUCCUUUUUGUAAAAAUUGAGGAGGUCAAAGUUGAAAUUGACAAAGUAAAUCUGUUAUGGACUAAAGAAAAAAUACUUCUUAGUUACCUGACAUAGAGGGUUCAAUGUUCUGACAUAUGUUCCAUCUGCUGUAGUGCAAGUGAUUACCUCUGCUGUAACUUAGCUAAUGGCAUGUUGUCCACUCCCCCUACCUUUCAAAUGUAACAUGUUUCGUAUUUUGUGCCACAGUCUAAAAUCCUUUUAACAUCUUCAUAGAUGAUGCUUUCAUGUGCACAGAAGAUACUUAAAUUUACACACAUGAGUAUGAUGUUACAAUCUACUCAAGAGACGGUCAUCAUCUAGUAUCAAACUAUGAACUUGGUAACCAUAUUUUCUCAAGUAAUCAAUAAUAGUUCCAGGUCUGUUUCAUGUAUAGAAUUUUUCGGAGUAUCAAUAAUGACCGACUUGUUGGAUUUUCAUUCAACCAUGAAAUGUCUUUAUUUAGGUACAAUCAAUGAAGUAACUCUUCAUUUUAGCGUGUCAGAAUUUUGGUAGAUGAAUCUUUUUGAUUUCAGUUGUGAAAAACAGAAAAACGCAAAUAAAAAAACUCAACAUGCUGCUAAAAGUAUAAAUAAAUCAUAUAUAUAUAUUUGUAUUAACUAUAUCCAAUGUUUAUACUAUAUAUCCAAAUAGGGUCCUAACUUUACAACACAGCAUCACAGUCUCAGUAAUGCCAAGCAAGAUUAUAAUAUCAUCAACUUGAUGUAUUUUCUCGGUAGAUGAUCAACAAUUUUAGACUGUGGUGUUAGUACACUUCCAUACAUUUCAGACAUUCAAGCACAUGCAUAAAGCUUAUAUUAUUGCAUUGUAAUAAAGUUUAUGAAGUUAAGAUGGUGUGUAUUGGUUAUGGAACUGCAGCAUUAUGUUUUUCUUAUCUGUUUUUAGACUUAUUUAUCUUUGGCAGCCAUAUUAAUAUUGUAAAUGACAAUUUGUGUAUUCAAUACACUGUAACUUUAUUGUGUUGAGAGGCAGGG